AUGGUAGCUGUCAAGCAGAUUGCCCUGCUUGCGGGCCUUGCCCACUGGGCAGAUGCCGCAGAAAAGGUCAUCACCAACGACACUCACUUCUACGGCCAAUCGCCCCCUGUUUAUCCAUCACCUGAAAUGACUGGUGGCAACGAAUGGGAGGCGGCGUAUCAAAAGGCCAAAGCCUUUGUCGGCCAGUUGACUCUAGAGGAAAAGGUCAAUCUCACCGCUGGGGUCCCGCCCAAUACUACCUGCAGCGGCGUGAUUCCCGCCAUCGAGCGUCUCAAGUUCCCCGGCAUGUGCCUCAGCGAUGCUGGCAAUGGCCUUCGCAACACGGAUUUUGUCAGUGGCUUCCCCAGUGGAAUCCAUGUGGGUGCCAGCUGGAGCAAGGACUUGGCUUUCCGACGCGCCGUUGCCAUGGGUGCCGAGUUCAGAAAGAAGGGUGUCAAUGUCUUGCUCGGGCCCGUGGUUGGCCCUGCUGGGCGUACCGUACGUGGAGGGAGAAACUGGGAAGGCUUCUCCGUUGACCCCUGGCUGGCAGGAGUCUUGGUCUCCGAGACCGUUUCUGGCAUCCAGGAACAGGGCGUUAUCACGAGUACCAAACAUUACAUUCUCAACGAGCAGGAGACUCAUCGCAUGCCAGAAGCGAACGUCUCUGCUGUUUCUUCAAAUAUUGACGACAAGACGAUGCAUGAGUAUUACUUAUGGCCUUUUCAAGACGCUGUGAGAGCGGGCAGCGGAAACAUCAUGUGCUCUUACCAGCGUAUCAACAACUCGUACGGCUGUUCCAACAGCAAGACUCUGAAUGGCCUUCUGAAGACUGAGCUUGGCUUUCAGGGGUUUGUCGUUUCCGACUGGUCUGCUCAGCAUGCUGGAGUGGCUUCUGCAGAAGCUGGCAUGGAUAUGGCCAUGCCUGGGCCGGCCGAGUUCUGGGGCGAGCAUCUGGUUGAGGCUGUGAAAAAUGGUUCAUUGCCCGAGUCACGAAUAACGGAUAUGGCAACGAGGAUCAUCGCCACUUGGUAUCAGUUCGACCAGGACAACGGCAUUCCAAAGCCGGGAAUCGGGAUGCCGUCCAACGUUCUGGAUUCUCAUGAAAUUGUUGAUGCGCGAGAUCCUGCUGCUGUACCGGUCCUUCUCAAUGGCGCCAUUGAAGGUCAUGUCCUCGUCAAGAACACCAAGAACACGCUACCCCUGAAGAAGCCGCGGAAGCUCUCUCUCUUCGGCUAUUCAGCCACAACUCCCGACUUCUUCAGUCCAUCCAGGGAUGAGCAACUCAGCGACAGCUGGAUCUUCGGUAAGGAGGCGUACAAUUCCAACUACCUCUCACCGGACGGUUUCGCCACGUUUGGUAGAAAUGGUACUACGUUUGGCGGCUGUGGCUCUGGCGCCAUCACACCCGCACUGGCAAUCUCUCCUUUCGAGGCUCUGAAGUGGAGGGCUGCCCAAGAUGGAACAGCAACAUUCAACAACUUUUUAUCCGACAAGCCGGAUGUUGAUCCAACCUCUGACGCCUGCAUCGUGUUUGGCAACGCAUACGCCUGUGAAGGAAACGACCGGCCGGCUAUCCAAGACGACUACACAGACGACCUAAUCAAAGCAGUGGCCAGCCAGUGCAACAAGACCAUUGUUGUCCUCCACAACGCAGGAAUUCGGCUGGUCGACGGCUUUGUUGACCAUCCAAACAUCACAGCAGUCAUCUUUGCACAUUUGCCGGGUCAGGAGAGCGGACCAGCGCUUACCUCACUUCUCUAUGGGGAGACCAGCCCCUCUGGUAGGCUGCCGUACACCGUUGCAAAGAACGAUACCGAUUAUGGCGUCGUUCUCGAUCCGGCACAGGCGACGGGCGAGUUUGCCUACUUUCCACAGGCCGACUUCAAGGAAGGCGUCUAUCUCGACUAUCGUUACUUUGAUAAGGAGGGCAUUGAACCACGCUAUGAGUUUGGCUUUGGACUGAGCUACACAACCUUUGCGUACCUUAACCUGUCUGUCGACCAUGUUUCAGGGGCAAACACGUAUCCAUGGCCGGGAGGCCCUAUUGUCAGCGGUGGGCAAACGGACCUCUGGGAUGCUAUUGCUACCGUCAGCGUUGAUAUUCGCAACACGGGCAGUGUUGCAAGCUACGAAGUGGCACAGCUCUACAUUGGCAUUCCGGGGGCUCCGGCGAAGCAACUCCGUGGGUUCGAGAAGCCCUUUUUGCGGCCCAACGAGUCGCAGUCGGUGACGUUCCAUCUCACAAGGAGAGACUUGAGCGUUUGGAGCGUAGAGAGGCAGAAGUGGCAGCUGCAGCAGGGCACAUACAAGAUUUACGUUGGCAGCAGCAGCAGACGACUGCAUGUCAAUGGGACGCUGGACAUCUGA